UAGAACGGCUGCUUGUUAUUGGCAAAUGGUCCUAUUUUAGUAUUUCGCAGGCUGUGCAUCUUUGUCGAUAACGUAAUCUUAGCAGUAAACGGUAAUCUGGUUGAAGAGUAGCAGUGAGAGACCAUGAGCCAGCCGGAAUCUUCUCAAGAUGGCAGUCAAAAGGACGAGGAAUACAUCUUCGUGGCGAAAAUGGACAACGCCAAAAACUUGUCCAACAUUCUGAAGGCCGUGCAUUUCAAGGAGAUGGCGACGUGUUUCCUCAGUGGCAAUGGUCUGAAGGUGACGGUGGAGGAUUGCAAGUGUGUGCAGGCCAAUGCCUUUGUGCAGUCCGGCGUUUUCCAAGAGUUCUCCUUCAGCAAGGACAGUGCUACGUUCAAGAUCAACCUGAACGUCUUCAUGGACUGCUUGAACAUAUUUGCUGGCAACACCCCUGGCAGUCCAACUGCUCUGCGAAUGUGCUAUGGUGGUUAUGGGUGCCCGCUGAUAUUGCUGUUGGAGGAAGGUGGUGUGUUGACGGACUGCAGAAUACGGACGUUUGAGCCGGAUGACACACUCGACUUCAACUUCACGAGCGCCAACGUCGUCAACAAGAUUAUCCUUCAUUCGGAAUGUCUUCGCGAGGCCUUCUCGGAAUUGGAUAUGAGCAAUGAAAGCCUGGAGGUUCUGAUGUCUCCGGAUGCGCCUUACCUUCGCCUGUCCACGUUUGGUUAUAUUGGCUCCUCACAUGCAGACUAUCCGAAAGAUUCCGACAUGGUCGAUUGCUUUGAGUGCCGCCAGACUCAACUCAAUCGGUACAAGGUUGCUCUGAUCAAGCCGUCCACACGUGCUCUGCACAUCUCCAGCAAGGUGUCGUUACGCGUGGACACACGCGGCUUUCUCUCGCUGCAGUACAUGAUCAAGAACGAGGACGGCAACGUGUGCUUUGUCGAGUACUUGUGCGGGCCUGAUGAGGAGUUAGAUGAUGGUAAUGAGGACGCGGAGCACACGUGGACCGACCAAACGUGAUCAUACAGCGACUGGCAUGCGUGCCAACCCUGCUAGCAGCGGCUUGGUUUGCCGUCCGCGACGUGUGUAUGUUUGCAUGCACACACACACACACAUACAGUGUGUUGGUGCUUGUUGCACCACACCAUCCCUCCGGCAUAUCUCUUUCUUACCAUUGUGUGACAGUGGUGUUCCUUGCUGUGGGCUCAGGGAUGCUGCCCUUCUGCGUACACUCUAUCUGGACAUGUGUGUGCAUGUGUGUGCAUGUGUGUGUGUGUGUGUGUGUGUGUGUGUGUGUACACAGGUGUGUAUGUGUGUCCGCUAAUCCUCAAGUUACCCAUGUUUGCACGGCCGUCUCCUAGCUGCAGCGCAUUCGCCCAUUACCGCUGGGUGCCAUUGCCGCUCUCGUCGUCGUCGCUGUUGACUGUUCAACACGAACCUUCUUCAGUGCCUUGUCCGUCGCGUCGGUAUACACGUGUGUGACAUGCUGGUUGACAGCAUGGCUGCAUACUGGUGUGGGAGUGCGACCAUAUCUGUUACGGACACAGUAAUGCACAGCUUACACUUGCGUUCAGUGAUGAUGCUGUAUAGUGAUGAUGCCGUACAGUAAUGAUGGCGUACAGUGAUGAUGUCGUACAGUGAUGAUGUCGUACAGUGAUGAUGUCGUACAGUGAUGAUGUCGUACAGUGAUGAUGCCGUACAGUAAUGAUGUCGUACAGUAAUGAUGUCGUACAGUGAUGAUGCCGUACAGUGAUGAUGCCGUACAGUGAUGACGCCGUACAGUGAUGAUGCCGUACAGUGAUGAUGGCGUACAGUGAUGAUGUCGUACAGUGAUGAUGGCGUACAGUGAUGACGCCGUACAGUGAUGAUGCCGUACAGUGAUGAUGGCGUACAGUGAUGAUGGCGUACAGUGAUGAUGCCGUACAGUGAUGAUGGCGUACAGU